CAUCCUCCGAAAAUCAAUUCGGACGUCACAGCCGAAAGAAGAAAGCCACCUCUGUUUCGUCCUCUUUGGGAUCCUGCGUAUGCCAACAGUUUACCCAAAACCCAAAAUUCUACUUUGAAUUCUCUUUUCCAAUUUGAAAAGAAAGAAAACUCAAAAUUGGAGCCAAAAACUCAAACGAAAAAGAAAAAACCCCAAGACGCAACCUGUGAAUGUGAAAGGAGGAGAUUCUUUCUUCACCAAAACAAAUUUUGGUCUUUCAAAGGCUGAUUGGUGGGGACCGAGACCAACCAUUGAUGCGCAUGCGCUCACUUGGCCAACUGAUUAGUAUGAAGCAACAGCACUAUAGCCCUACACAGUUCCGUGAUGGAUGAAGACAGAAGUUGACAACAUUAGUCCCUCCCAGUCUAUACGCGAUGGAACGACCUUGGCUUCAAGAGGUGGAAGCUUUGAGCUUGGCUUCUUCAGUCCAGGUAGUUCCAAGAAUCGUUACUUGGGCAUUUGGUACAAGAACAUCCCAGUUAGAACUAUUGUUUGGGUUGCAAACAGAUGCAACCCCAUUAAUGAUUCUUCCGGCAGGUUGAUAAUGAACAGCACAGGACAUCUUGUGCUGUUAGGUCAGAAUAAGAGUGUUGUUUGGUGGAUAAGCUCAGCUAAACAUGCCCCAAGUGCAACGGUAGAGCUUUUAGAUUCUGGGAAUUUAGUACUAAGAGAUGCAGGAACCUAUUUGUGGCAAAGCUUUGACUAUCCUUCUGAUACGUUGUUACCAGGAAUGAAGAUGGGAUGGGACUUGAGGACAGGUAUAAAACGGAGUUUCUCAGCGUGGAAAAAUUCAGAAGACCCGUGUCCAGGAGAUUUCACUUAUGGGAUUGAAAUGGAACGUGAUACUUAUCCUGAGGCAUAUGUUCGGAAAGGCACUGCAAAAUACUAUCGUACUGGCCCAUGGAAUGGCCUGAGAUUCAGUGGUUCACCAGAAUUAAGGCCUAAUCCACUUUAUAGUUUCGAAUUUGUCUAUAAUGAUGAUGAAGUGUACUACACGUACAACCUUCAAAAUAAGUCUGUAAUCUCAAGAAUAGUUUUGAACCAAACCACAAGUACUCGUGAUCGCUUUACAUGGAUUGAAGCAGAUCAAACUUGGAGGGCCUAUUCAUCAGUACCAAGAGACUUGUGUGAUCAUUAUGGCCUCUGCGGAGCCAAUGGAAAGUGUAUCAUUGGUGAGAAUCCUGUCUGCCAAUGUCUAAAAGGAUUCAAGCCCAAGUCUCAAGAAAAAUGGAAUUUGACAGACUGGUCUCUAGGAUGUGUGCGCAAUAAACCGUUAAGCUGCCAGGAAAGAUAUAAAGAUGCGUUCAUCAAAUUUGUUGGCUUGAAACUGCCAGAUACUACACAUUCUUGGGUGAGCAAAAGUAUGAAUCUUAAGGAAUGCAGAACUAAAUGCUUGAAAAACUGUUCCUGUAUGGCUUAUACAAGCUCAGAUAUCAGAGGAGGAGGUACCGGCUGUGCUAUCUGGUUUGGUGAUCUAAUAGAUAUCAGGCAGUUUGUGGCUAGUGGACAGGAUCUGUAUAUUCGUAUGCCAGCCUCAGAGUUAGAAAAUGGAGGUAAAGUGAAGACAGCAAUGACAAUAAAAGUUUCUGUAGCAGUAAUGUUUUCUGGAGUGGUAUUCGUUGGAUAUUACCUUCACCGAAACAGGAGAAAAUUAAAAGAUAUAGGCGAAACAAAUCAGAACAAUGAAGGGGAACUAAAGGAAGACCUGGAGCUCCCGCUCUUCAACCUGACCACAGUAAUAGGUGCCACAAAUAACUUUUCAAACGAUAACAAGCUCGGAGAAGGUGGAUUUGGACCCGUUUACAGGGGGACACUACCAGAUGGACAAGAAAUUGCUGUGAAGAGGCUUUCAAGAAGUUCUGGCCAAGGAUUGAAUGAGUUCAAGAAUGAAAUUAUACUGUUUUCCAAGCUCCAGCAUCGAAAUCUUGUAAAGCUUCUUGGAUGCUGCAUUCAAGGAGAGGAGAAAAUGCUAAUUUAUGAAUACAUGCCCAACACAAGCCUGGACUCCUUUAUUUUUGAUCAAAUGAGAGAAGAAUUACUGUUAGAUUGGCCUAAACGUUUCCACAUUAUUUGCGGAAGCAGGGGUCUCCUCUAUCUCCAUCAAGAUUCCAGGCUAAGGAUUAUUCAUAGAGAUCUCAAAGCAAGUAAUGUUUUACUUGACAACGAAAUGAAUCCAAAAAUUUCAGACUUUGGCUUGGCUAGAAAAUUAGUUGGAGGAGAUCAGACGGGUGGAAAUACAAACAGAGUGGUUGGAACAUACGGUUACAUGGCACCUGAAUAUGCUAUCUAUGGGCUGUUUUCUGUCAAAUCUGAUGUCUUUAGCUUUGGUAUUUUGGUGUUGGAGGUCAUAAGUGGAAGGAAAAAUAAGGGAUUCUACCAUCCAAACCACAGUCAUAACCUUAUUGGACAUGCAUGGAUAUUAUGGAAUCAAGGGAGGCCUUUAGAACUGAUUGAUACGCGUUUAGGAAGCUCGUAUACUCUAUCAGAAGUGUUACGUUGCAUCCAUGUUAGUCUUUUAUGCGUGCAACAUCAUCCUGAGGAUAGACCAACCAUGGCAUCUGUGCUUAUAAUGUUGGGAAGUGAGAUUCCCUUGGCUCAGCCCAAGCAACCUGGUUUCUUUAUAGAAACGGAAUCACUUGAAGCAGGCGUUUCUCCAGUUGACAGCAUUAGUCCCUCCCAGUCUAUCCGUGAUGGAACGACCUUGGUUUCAAAAGGUGGAAGCUUUGAGCUUGGUUUCUUCAGUCCGGGUAGUUAUGAGAAUCGUUACUUGGGAAUUUGGUACAAGAACAUCCCAGUUAGAACUGUUGUGUGGGUUGCAAACAGAUGCAACCCCAUUAAUGAUUCUUCCGGCAUCUUGAUGAUAAACAGAACAGGACAUCUUGUGCUGUUAGGUCAGAAUAAGAGUGUUGUUUGGUGGAUAAGCUCAGCUAAACAUGCCCCAAGUGCAACAGUAGAGCUUUUAGAUUCUGGGAAUUUAGUACUAAGAGAUGCAGGAACCUAUUUGUGGCAAAGCUUUGACUAUCCUUCUGAUACGUUCUUACCAGGAAUGAAGAUUGGAUGGGACUUGAGGACAGGUAUAAAACGGAGUUUAUCAGCUUGGAAAAAUUCAGAAGACCCGUGUCCAGGAGAUUUCACUUAUGGGAUUGAAAUGGAACGUGAUACUUAUCCUGAGUCAUAUGUUCGGAAAGGCACUGCAAAAUACUAUCGUAGUGGCCCAUGGAAUGGCCUGAGAUUCAGUGGUUCACCAGAAUUAAGGCCUAAUCCACUUUAUAGUUUCAACUUUGUCAAUAAUGAUGAUGAAGUGUACUACACGUACAACCUUCAAAAUAAGUCUGUAAUCUCAAGAAUAGUUUUGAACCAAACCACCAGUACUCGCGAUCGCCUUACAUGGAUUGAAGCAGAUCAAAGUUGGAAGGCCUAUUCAUCAGUACCAAGAGACUUGUGUGAUAAUUAUGGCCUCUGUGGAGCCAAUGGAAAGUGUAUCAUUGAUGAGAAUCCAGUCUGCCAAUGUCUAAAAGGAUUCAAGCCUGUGUCUCAAGAAAAAUGGAAUUUGAUGGACUGGUCUCUAGGAUGUGUGCGCAAUAAACCAUUAAGCUGCCAGGAAAGAUAUAAAGAUGGCUUUGUCAAAUUUGUUGGCUUGAAACUGCCAGAUACUACACAUUCUUGGGUGAACAAAAGUAUGAAUCUCAAGGAAUGCAGAACCAAAUGCUUGAACAACUGUUCCUGUAUGGCUUAUACAAGCUCGGAUAUCAGAGGAGGAGGUACUGGCUGCGCCAUCUGGUUUGAUGAUCUAAUAGAUAUAAGGCAGUUUUCAGAUGCUGGGCAGGAUCUGUAUAUUCGAAUGUCGGCUUCAGAAUUCAAAAGUGGUGGUAAAGUGAAGACAGCAAUGAUAAUUGCAGUUUCCUUAGCAGUAGUGUUUUCUGUAGUGCUUUUAGUUGGAUAUUACCUUCGCCACAACAGGAGAAAAUUAAAAGAGAUAGGUGAAACAAAUAUGAACAAUGAAGGGGAACCAGAGGAGGAUCUGGAGCUCCCGCUCUUUGACCUGCCCACAGUGGCUAGUGCCACAGAGAACUUUUCAAGCGAUAACAAGCUCGGAGAAGGUGGAUUUGGACCCGUUUACAGGGGGACACUACCAGAUGGACAAAAAAUUGCUGUGAAGAGGCUUUCAAGAAGUUCUGGCCAAGGAUUGAAUGAGUUCAAGAAUGAAAUUAUACUGUUUGCCAAGCUCCAGCAUCGAAAUCUUGUAAAGCUUCUUGGAUGCUGCAUUAAAGGAGAGGAGAAAAUGCUGAUUUAUGAAUACAUGCCCAACAGAAGCCUGGACUCCUUUAUUUUUGAUAGUGUGAGAGGAGAACUACUGUUAGAUUGGCCUAAACGUUUCCACAUUAUUUGCGGAGUUGCUCGGGGUCUCCUCUAUCUCCAUCAGGAUUCCAGGCUAAGGAUUAUUCAUCGAGAUCUCAAAGCAAGUAAUGUUUUACUUGAUAAUGAAAUGAAUCCAAAAAUUUCAGACUUUGGCUUGGCUAGAACAUUAAUUGGAGGAGAUCAGUCUGGUGGAAAUACAAACAGAGUGGUUGGAACAUACGGUUAUAUGGCACCUGAAUAUGCUAUUGAUGGGCUGUUUUCUGUCAAAUCGGAUGUAUUUAGCUUUGGUAUUUUGGUGCUGGAGGUCAUAAGUGGAAUGAAAAAUAAGGGAUUCUACCAUCCAAACCACAGUCAUAACCUUAUUGGACAUGCAUGGAGAUUGUGGAUUCAAGGAAGGCCUUUAGAACUGAUUGAUACGUGUUUAGAAAGCUCAUGUACUCUAUCGGAAGUGUUACGUUGCGUCCAUAUUAGUCUCUUAUGCGUGCAACAUCAUCCCGAGGAUAGACCAAGCAUGGCAUCUGUGGUUAUCAUGCUGGGAAGUGAGAUUGCAUUGGCUCAGCCCAAACAACCUGGUUUCUUUAUAGAAAAGGAAUCACAUGAAGUAGGCUCUUCUUUAGGUAAUCAAACAUCUUCAACAAACGAAAUAUCGAUUACACUUUUGGAGGGCCGUUAAAGAAUCGAUUAAUUCAUGGUAUAUAGGUUCAUGCUGCUUUGUUUACUUGUUGUGCCUACUUUCAAAACAAGCAACUUAGGAAAAGUUUGAUAACCAUUUCAAUUUUAAUUUUUAGUUUUCAUUUUUUGUGCUAGAGUAUAGAGGAAAAAGAGGGAGAAUGAAAGUGAGAAUGAGAGUGAAGAUGGGAUUGACAGGGCCCUUAGUUUAUAGAUCGAAGUGAUUUGAGGUAUUGAACAAUAGAUAGGUUGGGUGAUAAAGACCAUUUAGCUAUUCAUGUCAUACUACAUGUAUAUGCUACCAACUAAUUUCUCAACGGACACUUUUGAACAAAGCAGCAAGGUUAUCUUGAAGCAUGAAUAUGUGAAUUCUUUGUUUUAUGAAAUUUUCUUAAUA